AUGGCAUUGCGCCUUGUGCUAAAUAAAAAUUGCAACAUUUUGCUCCAACAAAGUGGCCGCCGCCUGUCCGCAGCAACUCCAUCGAGCCGCACACUCACCCAUUAUCCUGUUAACGAUGCGCUUUACGGCCUGAAUAAGGAACACCAGAAACUGCGAGAAACUGCCUUCAAUUUCGCGCAAAAGGAACUGGCGCCCCACGCUAAGGAAAUCGACAAGCUGGACAAUUUCGAAGAUAUGCGUUCGUUCUGGCGCAAGUUGGGUCAACUGGGUUAUUUGGGCAUUACGGCGGAGCCUGAAUACGGCGGUACUGGCGGCAGCUACUUGGACAACUGCAUCAUAGUGGAGGAAAUUUCAAGAGCCUCCGGAGCUGUAGGAAUUUCCUAUGGCGCACAUUCCAAUCUAUGUGUCAACCAACUGACUUUACACGGAACACCCGAACAGAAGCAACAGUAUUUGCCCAAGCUCUGCAGCGGAGAACACAUCGGAGGCUUGGCCAUGUCGGAGGCAGGUGCCGGCUCCGAUAUACUGUCAAUGAAGUUGCGAGCUGAGCGCAAAGGCGAUUAUUACGUGCUAAACGGUACCAAGUUUUGGAUCUCCAAUGGUUCCGAUGCGGAUACGUUGAUCGUAUAUGCCAGGACUGGAGCAACUGGAGUGCCGGACAGCAAAGCGAUAACCGCGUUUAUUAUAGAGACGUCGUGGGAUGGCUUCAGCGUAGCCCAAAAGCUCGAUAAGCUGGGCAUGCGUGGCAGCAGCACCUGUGAACUUGUUUUCCAGGAUCUCAAAGUGCCGGCAAAGAAUGUGCUGGGUCAGGAGAACAAGGGCGUCUACAUUCUGAUGGCUGGCUUGGACUAUGAACGUGUGAUAUUGUCUGGCAUUCCGGUUGGCCUAAUGCAAGCCGCCUGCGACGUGGCCUUUGACUAUGCCCACCAGCGCAGGCAAAUGCGUAAGCUGAUUGGUGAGUUCCAGCUUAUACAGGGAAAGAUGGCAGAUAUGUGCACGACGCUGAGCGCUUGUCGCAGUUAUCUGUAUAAUGUGGCAAGAUCCUGCGAUGCUGGCGUUGUUUACAGUAAGGAUUGCGCUGGAGCUUUACUGUACUGCGGCGAAAAAGUGAUUCAAGUCGCUUUGGAUGCCAUACAAAUCCUUGGGGGCAAUGGUUACAUCAAUGACUAUCCAACAGGACGAAUUUUGCGGGAUGCCAAAGUCUGUGAGCUCGGUGCCGGCACUUCGGAGAUCAGACGUUGGCUAAUUGGACGUCAGUUAAAUAAGGAAUAUAAAUAA